CGAAUCCAGUCCAUGAUAGCACUGGUCUCCAGUCUGUCUCUAUAAAGGAACAGUGGGAAAGGAGGAACUCCCUUGCGUUGGUUUGGUGGCCUCAGAGAGAAAAGGAGCGAUGGAAAAAGAUCGAUAGGACUGGAUUCCUAGAUCCAUCUCUUCUCUCGCUCCAAAGGGUGGGGGUGGGAAGGAAAGCAAAGGGAGAAAGGUCGCAUCUUGGUCUCUUUAGCCGCUUCUUCUCUUGGGUUACACUCCUUUGGCUUUCCCUUCUCGGUCUCGGUCUCGGUCGCUCGAGGCUUCUUCUUCUAGGGUUUAAGCUGUAUCCGACGGAGAAUUGUGCUAAGGCUUUACGCUUGGGGUCAAGUUCGGAUUUUGCGAUCAAAGGGAAGGCUUUGGGGAGCUCCAGAUGAUGACAAGACCGUGGAUGGAUGUUCUUCCUGGGAAGGAGGCGGCGCCGCCGCACUCCUACUGCACCAACUGGUUCGUCGGCCAGCAAAGCAGCGAGGGCCGGAGCGGGAGCGGGAGCGGGAGUUGGUCUCAGGAGGAGAACAAAUGGUUCGAGGACGCCCUGGCGAAGUUCGACGGGGACACCCCGGACCGAUGGGCAAAGGUGGCGGCUUUGAUCCCCGGGAAGACGGUGGGAGACGUGGUGAGCCAUUACCGGGAAUUGGUCGACGACGUGACCGAGAUAGAAGCCGGGCGGAUCCCCUGCCCUGUCUAUUACGGGACCUCAUCUUUUACACUGGACUGGGAGAACAGUCGUGAUUCCGAAGCAUGGAAGAACUCGUACUGCGGCGGCGGCGGCGGCGGUGGCGCCAAGCGGUCAGGCGCCAGAUCAUCAGAUCACGAGAGGAAGAAAGGAGUCCCCUGGACCGAAGAUGAACACAAGUUAUUUUUGCUGGGCUUGAGAAAGUAUGGCAAAGGAGACUGGAGGAACAUAUCUCGGAAUUUUGUGAUCACAAGGACCCCUACGCAGGUGGCUAGCCAUGCACAGAAGUACUUCAUCAGGCUCAACUCUGGCAGCAAGGAUAAGAGAAGGUCCAGCAUACAUGACAUCACUUCUGUCGAUUUCCCUGAUAACAGACCUCCCUCGCCAUCAUCUCAACCAUCCACCAUCACCACGCAGUCAAGCUUGGCCUUGACACCUUCACUGUCAGGCCAGUUCUCCGCGAUCGCCGAUCCAGAUCAGCUGGGUGAGGUAGCUAGUGGCUUCAGUCCAUCAUCGCAUGGCCAUCGCUUCAUGCAAUGUCAGUUCGGAACGAACCCGUUCGGGAUGAAUCUACAUGCUCAGAAUCCAGACACUGGCAAGUGCGAUCAAGUUAACCUCGGCAUCCUCUAAACAGAUGCUUCCCGUUGGUUCUUCCGAGGAGAGGACUGGAUCAAUCCGGGUCGAAAGGGAAAUCCAGAUUGCUCAAAUGCUGCUAAAGGUGGACGAGAGAGUAUCCAAUCUUUCCUACUGCCACCUCAUGUAGUGUGUCGUAGUUGAAGCUUACAAUUCUUUCUUCUCUGUAAAUUAUGGCAUAACUGUAUGGAACCACUCUGGGGUGUGACUUUGGCAACGCUAUGGCACAUCACAAGGCUGAUAAAAUGUUAUUGUUUGGCUUUUCUGGUUU